AUGAAAAUCAGAUCAGGCAUUCUGCCUCGCUUGAAGCAGUUGAAGCUUCCAGAGGAGUUCAUCGUGGAAGAUCAGAAUGGUUGUGAUGUCACGCUACGUUCGUUUAUUCAGUGGCAAAGAAUGCACGCCUGGCUGGGGUUGAAGCUUCCAGAGGAGUUCAUCUUGGAAGAUGUCAGGCUACGUUCGUUCAUUCAGUGGCAAAGAAUACACGCCUGGCUGGGAUACGUUUUAUUCUUUUUUCUCAGUAAUUUAACAUUAAGAGGACUGGCACCAGUUUUGGAGGACAACGUAGAACCAGACCGCAUUCAACAUUCUGCCUUUGUCGAAUGGACGACGAAUGAUGAGAGGUGGACAGUGGUGGGCGUCAGAAUGUUUCAGAUGGUGGUCUCAUGA